AAUUAUUAAUGUUUCUCCCUCGCUCUAAACGACUAAACGUAGGGUUUUGGAUUCCCGCCGCGUGAGUGUGUGGCUAGUUUGGGCCUAUUAAAGGUUUGAAUAGAGCUUGCGACGGAAAGGAGGAUGGAAUGUUGGGUGUCAUUUUUUCUUUCCUUCUGGAUGACGGAGGAGGCAUAUUUCAUUGGGAAUUUGGCGUGCGACAAAGUGCGAGCCAAAGCAUACAAGAGAGAAGGGCCAAUGUUGCUGAAAAUAAUGGACGAAUGUAGAGGCGGCAUGGGCGACGAGCGGAUGGAGAGCGGUGAAGGGUUAAACAAGGGAGAAGACAGAUUGAUGGAGCACCCCCUCCUUCCUGAACCACCGCCUUGGAGUGAUCGAGGUGCUAGGGUUGGGACGGUGAUGUUUCAAGAAAACCGGUUGGAAGGAAUUUGGAGCUUUUAUAAGUUAUUUUAUUUUCUUAUGGUCUUAUUUACACGUUUUGUUUGUUUACGUUGCUUUGUUUUUGUUGGUGUCUAUAGUUUUAGGUCUACAAUAAUAAUUCACAAUUCUGGUAGCUAUUAUGUCGUUAGAAGGAUCUAUAUGAACAGUGAUUGUUGUGUCACAUCCAUUUGAUGAUUAGCGAUUUGUAUUGCUCUUUCAUGGAUGAUUGUUUCUAAGUCUGGUCGUAAGGGUUGAUAGUGAUGGUUGAUUGUGGAUAGUUGUUGUCAUUGUUUGUCUCUUUGAACUUGAUGUAACAGUCUGAAUCCUAAUGAUAUUAAUAUAAGCAGGUUGCCCU